UCCAGAUUUGCAUGUAGCGUCUUUUCGAUGCAGGGUUAUGCCCCUCACCCCGCCCACAAUCCACGCGUGGCUGAAGCAGCCAGCAAGGUCCGCGCCGUGAGUGCCGCCGUGUCCCCGCAUGGACCGCCCUCUGGUCGUCGCCGCGCACCUCGCCUCCGCACACCCUGCCCCAGCUUCCUGCGCCCGCGCCUCUUCCUUCUAUCCCGCGGCUCUCCCCCGCCACGCGCAGCCGUUUGCCUCUCCGCACCCCCCGUCCACAUCCGCCGUUACCCCCACCUUCGUCGGACGCGUCGCCCAACGAAACGUGUCCCUUCGCCAAUGUCGCACGGCGAUCGUCACAGCGACAGCGGGCAGAGCGGCGGCGAGCAGCGGAGGGGAGGGCGCGGGCGGGGGCGGCGGGCGCGCGGCGAUCGAUGUGGAGGGGCUGAGCCUGAGCCUGGGGCGCGCGCAGGUGUUGCGCGAGUGCAGCCUGCGCGUGCCCGAGGGGCAGCUGUGGAUGCUGCUGGGACCCAACGGGUGCGGCAAGUCAACGCUGCUCAAGGUGCUGGCGGGCUUGCUGCAGCCUAACAGCGGGCGGCUGAAAGUAGAUGCGCCUCGCUCCUUUGUCUUCCAGAACCCUGACCACCAGGUCAUCAUGCCUACUGUCAAUGCUGACGUGGCGUUUGGUCUGGGUCGCCUGCACCCCCCCCUCCCAGAGGCGGAGGUGCAGCGGCGGGUGGCAGAGGCCCUUGAAGCCGUGGGCAUGGCGGAGUAUGGCGAGCGCCUGGUGUCCACCCUUAGUGGCGGGCAGAAGCAGCGCGUGGCGAUAGCGGGGGCGUUGGCGGAGGAUUCGCACACGCUGCUGCUGGACGAGCUCACCACCUUCCUCGACUCCGCCGACCAGCACGCUGUGAUAAGGGCGGUGCGCAGUGUGGUAUCGGGCGGCUCACCGGGCACCGGCAGAGGCAGCAGGGCUCCGAGCAACAAUGGGGAUGGCAGCGCGUCUGCCGGCAGAGGUGAAAGCGCCACAGGCAGCAGCAGCAGCUCUGACAGCAGCAGCAGCAGCAGCAGCAGCAGCAGCAGCAGCAGAGGGGGGAGGAGGCGGCGGGUGACGGCGCUGUGGGUGACGCACCGGCUGGAGGAGCUGCAGUAUGCGGACGGGGCGGCGUACAUGGAUGGCGGGCGCGUCGUCGUCAUGGGCAGGGUGGCGGACGUCGUUGACUACAUCACCCGCCAGCAGCAGCAGCAGCAGCAGGCAGCCAGUGCGGGGUCGUUCUGGUCAGCGUUUGGCCCAAGCUGAGUGUGAUUUGGGUGAUCGUUGACUAUCAAUGGCCUAAACGACAUCACUGUAUGUCUCCAGCAUGAAUUUGGCUGCUUCCCAUGGGUAUAAUGAGUUACCGUAAUCCCCCAGACAUAACACCCGCCAAAAUUAAGCACCCACUGGUGUUACGGUAUAUCCGGGGAGGGUGUUCUAUUGAACAAUCCGCAAUUAUACACCCUCUUUUGAGGGUUCCAGGCAGGCCCCCAAAUUGGUUUUGGGGUUGUCUGAUUCGUCGGACUUGCCUGACAUCCCUUGGUAUGGCCUGUUAGAAUGCUAGAAUGACUAAAAACAAGAGAGAACAAGCAAGGUAUAGGGUUUGGUUGUACUCUCUAAGAACAUACCCUAUUCUAGCCUAUAACUUCCAUAUGCAGAAU